AUGGCCGGGCUCUUUCGCACCAUCUAUGACUGGCUCCUGAGAAUGUUCUGGGCGACGGAGAUGGAUGUCACCAUGAUCGGCCUGCAGAAUGCCGGCAAAUCUUCAUUACUGCGGGUGCUAGCGGGCGGCGAAUUCACGGUAGACUCCAUCCCGACGAUCGGGUUCAACACCAAGCGAGUCCAAAAAGGCCAUGUGACCUUGAAAUGUUGGGAUUUGGGCGGACAGCCUCGAUUCCGCCCGAUGUGGGAGCGGUAUUGCCGAGGCGUGAAUGCGAUCGUAUAUAUCGUGGACGCAGCCGAUAAGGCUGCGCUGCCUGUCGCCGCCGAGGAACUGCACGAGCUGAUGAACAAGCCCACCUUGGAUGGCAUCCCGCUUCUCGUGCUCGGGAACAAGUCCGACCUCCCCAGCAAGCUAUCGGUCGAUGAGAUGAUCGAUGCGAUGGACUUGAAGUCCAUCACCCACCGCGAGGUGAGCUGCUAUGGCAUCAGCGCCAAGGAGGAGACCAAUCUCGAUGCUGUCCUGCACUGGCUGAUUGCGCGCGCCAGUCGGUGA